AGAUCUACCAAACGCCAUCGCGGCGGGUACCUUGUUUUGUUGCCCCAUUUGCCAAAUAGUGAUUAUAUGAUGAUACCGUAUCCUGAUGCUGCUUCUGUAACUCUAACGACAGGUUGAUUUGGAGCGGGGCCAGUGUGUGUCAGGGGGUGGGGGGGCGUUUUUUUUUUUUACGGUUUGACCUUUGGGCUGGCUGCUGCGAAUGACAAAUCAAAGGUCGGUGUGAGCGGAGCCUUGGGUUUUAUAAACGCAUCUUCAAGCAAGACGGCGAUCCAGAGAGAAUGGUAGUAAGAAGCGCUCUGACAGUUGGUCGAUAGCGGGGGAGAGAGCUUCAACAUCGGCAGCAGCAGCGGCGGCAGCAGUGGCACACUCGCGGGCUCCAUAGCGGCCACUCUUGGACCGAAGGCAGGCCCGCUGAGAGAGGAGGACUGCAGCACCAUGGACAGCUCAGAUAUGGACGCUAAUUAUGGAGGAGGACUGUUGGACAUGGUGAAGGGAGGAGCGGGGAAGUUCUUCAGCAACUUCAAGGACAACUUGAAAGACACGCUGAAAGACACCUCCACAAAGGUCAUGUCUCAGGUCUCCACGUACACCAAAGGGGAGCUGGACAUUUCCUACAUCACAUCACGGAUCAUAGUGAUGACCUACCCAGCAGAGUCCGUUCAGAUCGGAUACCAGAACCACGUGGAGGACAUCCGCUCCUUCCUUGACAGUCGCCAUGCCGACCACUACACUGUCUUCAAUCUAUCACAGAGAAACUACCGCGGCGCCAAAUUCUCCAACAGGGUGUCAGAGUGUAAUUGGCCUUCUCGCCAGGCUCCCAGCCUUCACAACUUGUUCGCUGUGUGUAAGAACAUGCACAACUGGCUGAAACAGAAUCCAAAGAAUGUGUGUGUCAUCACCUGCUCGGAUGGUCGUGCCCCCUCAGGAGUUUUGGUCUGUGCCAUGUUCUGCUUCUGCCACCUUUUCAACAACCCGGUUCCUGCCAUGCAACUGCUCAGCGCCAAGAGACCAGGGUCUGGACUGUGGCCCUCACACCGCAGGUACAUAGGCUAUGUGUGUAGCAUGGUAUCAGAGAAGCCCAGUCUCCCCCACUCUAAGCCCCUGGUCAUCAAAGGCCUCACCAUCAGUCCGGUCCCCUGCUUCAACAAGCAGCGCAGCGGCUGUCGACCCUUCUGCGACGUCCUCAUCGGAGAGACGAAGAUCUUCACCACUUCACAGGAAUACGAGAGAAUGAGAGAGCACAGGGUCCAAGAGGGUAAGGUAGUUUUCCCUCUGGGUGUGAGCGUCCAAGGAGAUGUCGUUGUUUCAGUCUACCACAUGAGGUCGACCAUCGGAGGACGUCUGCAGGCCAAGGUGUCCAACACCCAAAUCUUCCAGAUCCAGUUCCACACUGGUUUCAUUGCUCCUGGUACCACCGUGUUAAAUUUCAACAAACCAGAGCUGGAUGCCUGUGACUCUCCUGAGAAGUAUCCCCAGCUUUUCCACGUGUUAGUGGACAUUGAGGUUGAGGGGACAGACAAACAAAAGGACCUGACCCCACCAUGGGAGCAGUUCCCCUGCAAAGACCUUAGCCCCAGUGUUCUCUUCUCCUGCCACCAGGAGCAUCAGGAUGCUCUGGCUAUCGCUGAGCCAACCAGGCCCCCCGGAGGUCCAGAGAGUCGAGGCCACGGCGAGGAGAGCGAGCCCUCGGACGACGAGAUGCUCUCCCUCUCCAGCCAGCGAAGCAGCACCAGCACAGCCCCCCAUAGACCGGACCCCCCUGCUCCUGCUGCCCGGGCUCCUGCCGAGGAGGUGGAUCUCCUUGGUCUCGACGGGGUGGACAUCAACCGGCCGUGUCCCUCGUCUCAACCACCUUCUGCUGCAGCUGCAGCAGCUGCAACCACCGACCUCCUGGGGGAUUUGUUUGGGACCCCGACACAGCCAACCAGUGGGCAGUCAUCGGCUCAGUCCACCCCACAUAAAGUAGUCCCAAACACUGCCUCGCCAUGUCCUUCUCCUGCGCCGCCAGCGUUUGACCCCUUUGGGGCGGGUCCCAUGCCUAAACCUCAGGACAUGAUGGGUUCAUUUCUCGGACCAGGUAACGCGGGGCAGCCAGACCCCUUCCUGCAUGCCGCUCGCUCUCCAUCACCCACCCUGCAGCCUACAAGCUUUGGCCGGAGUUCCCCUGUCCCACCCACAACACCUACGGUCAACAUUCAGCAACAAAACGCCAUGGGAGGAUGGGACUGGAACAAACCGGCUACCACAAGCACAGGAGGAGGCUUUGGUAUGGGUAGUCGUUCUGCUACUACUAGUCCCACUAGUUCAGUUCACAGCACCCCCACCCACCAAACAAAGCCAAACACCUUGGACCCGUUCGCUGACCUAGGCAACCUGGGGGGAAGCCUUGGAGGUUCUGGCUUCUCCAGUAAACCCACCACCCCUACUGGAACUACACCUUCCCACCCUCCCAUGGGCUCCCCGUCGCGUCCUCCUCCAUCUCCCCAGCACGCCCACACAGGAGCUGGCUUCCCCUCAUGGCAGCCAGGCGCUGGGAGCGGUGGAGGAUGGCAGCCCCAACAAGGACAGGGUCCAGCCCCACAGCCAAAGCCCAGCCCGAGCCACGCCCCCAUGCCUCACACAUCGCCCCAGAACAGACCCAACUACAACGUCAGCUUCUCUGCAAUGGGAGGGGGCUCGCCCAGCGCAGGGGUCAAAGCACAGGCCAGCAUGGGUACUAAACCCAAAGCCUCAAAUGCCAACUUUGAUGACCUUCUGUCCGGUCAGGGCUUUGCAGGGGCCAAAGAGAAGAAAGGGCCCAGGACUAUAGCAGAGAUGAGGAAGGAGGAGAUGGCCAAAGAAAUGGACCCUGAGAAAAUAAAGAUUCUGGACUGGAUCGAGGGGAAGGAGCGUAACAUCCGAGCUCUUCUGUCCACCAUGCAUACUGUGCUGUGGGAGGGAGAGACCCGCUGGAAGCCCGUGGGCAUGGCUGACCUGGUUACUCCAGAACAGGUCAAGAAGGUCUACCGCAAAGCAGUCCUGGUGGUCCACCCAGACAAGGCGACAGGGCAGCCCUAUGAACAAUAUGCCAAGAUGAUUUUCAUGGAACUAAACGACGCCUGGUCAGAAUUUGAAAGCCAAGGACAAAAGCCACUCUACUAAAUAAACAGUGAGAGGAACUUAGCGAGAGGAGGACGUCCCUGCUGAUUCUGUCUUAACUAAACCUCAAAAUGUGUCACCAACGUUUGGUCACUCCAGCCACCCCCGACGACAUCUGCCUUUAUACCUGUGCUUACCCCCUGUACCUCUCAUUACCACAGCAACAGAACAUCCAAUGGAUCUGCAAAGAUGGAAAAACACAACAAAAAAAAAAACCUCCAACGUGACCUUCCUACCUACCGUAUGUAUGUAAUGCAUCAUAGUCUUUCCUUGUUGGGUGUCCUUAGUCCUGAACCAAGCCACCAAUCAAAGCAGAGUUACUGGGAUGUCUGGAAAAACAGAAAAAAGAAAACACUUGAUUUAGAAAAAGAUCAAAAGAGACAACGGACAUCAUGUGAUCAGAAAAACACAUUUCAGGGAGUGACCUGAGCGAGCGUUUCACAAACUGCUCAAAAUUCUCAUUUAGAGCAUCCGACUGUGUUUGGGGUACAAGAAAGCAUUUAACAGCAAACACGUCAUUUACCCAUAAGGACUUCUGUUUGAGAAAAAUGUGAAAAAUGGAUCCCUGAUUUAUUUACUCAAAUCCAAAGUCCCCCCGGUUCAUAUUCAAAACAUCCAAUGAAAGGCAGUUUUGAGAUUUAUCUCAAAUGUUGUGUAUGUGUGUGAAAGAAAAUGUAAUCAAAAUGCUAUCUCUGCUUUUGACACUAGUUGUGAUUGCAGGUUGGAGUCUGUCUGCGUUAGACUUAAAAAACGAGUCGGAUGUGUAAAGUUGAAAAUGACUAAUUAAAUUCAACACAACAAGGCGGCUCCACAUUAAAAACACCGAUCAGAAUGCUGCUCAAAUAUACACUCCUGACUUAUGAUUAAAGGUCACAUAUUAUACUCCUUUUCAACAAGUUUAAAUAGAAGAAAA